AUGGACUUCGAGCACGCGACCAUCUCCGAAGCAGAACUCACCCGUUUGCUGCCCACCUGUCAACGAUGCCGUCGUCUACGCCGCAAGUGUGACACGAACCUCCCAGCUUGUCGGUUAUGUCAAAAAGGAAAGGCUGAAUGUACCUUCUUUGAUCACGCCUUGCAACAGACUCUGCCACGAAGUUAUGUCCAUUCGUUGUUGACUCGACUGAGCCGGCUUCGGUCUGUUCAGGCAACGAUCAAUGGAUCCAAUGAGCCCUUGCCGCCGCUACCUGCCGCUCAGCACGAACGAACCACUUCCAUAGCAUCUUCUCACCUUGAGCAGCCUCACAAUCAAUGGGGCACUUAUACCAGCGAGCUCUCCUUCGACAAGCACUUCAUCAUUGAGCAUGCCAACCCCACCUGCUGGCAGUUUUUCGGCAGCAGCUCGCCCUAUGCUCUUAUUGUCGAGGUUUUGGUCCAUGCUCAAGCCAAGCUUGGGUCCAUGGUUCAUCAUCCAGAUUAUGCUGGGCCUGAGUUCUGGUUGAACGCCCAGAACACCGAAGUCGGGGAACCUCUGCAACCUAGAGCCACCCCAUCUCGUGCAGAGAUCGAGAUGCUUGUCAAUCUGUUCAUGUCGACCACAAAUCACUUGACGGCCUUUUUCGACCCUGAGGACAUUGCAGUAGAGAUUGACACAUACCUACGGCAUCACGGCACCAAUGUGAAGUACCUCACCGGGAGGGAGGCGCAUCAGUUCUUCCGCGUGGCCCUGAUUUGUGCCAUUGCUGCUGCCAACAAGGCCCGACACCACUCGGUCUAUGACUCCGAGUCGAUGGCCUAUUAUGCAGAAGGCUUGCAGUGCGUCGAGGAGGUGACAUCAGACGUGUCUCCCGACGCCCUUCAAGCUCUUCUAUUGCUCAUCGUCUUUGCUCUCUUCCACCCCAGAAAGGGUGACCUUUGGAAAUUGCUCGAUUUUGCUUGCCGUCUUAGUGUUGAACUCAACUACCAUAGCGAAACCAACGACGAGUACGAAGACGACAAGAGCCGCAGAAAACGCCGCUCAAUAUUCUGGGGACUCUAUUGCAUCGAACGUACCAUAGGCCAGCACCUUGGUCGACCCUCGGACCUACCUGAAGAGAUCAUAACUACCGAGUAUCCGGCUUUAUUGACUGAUGCCACGCUGGCCGAUGCCGAAACCUUGCAACUCGUCCUCACGUCUCACUACUACCGGCUGACGUACCUGCGCUCCGAGAUCUUCCGUGAAUUAUACCUUCCUGCAGUGGCGCCCAACUUGCCACGUAUGUGGUACGAACAGAGCCUUGAACAGAUAUUAUCAUGGAGGCGGGAGCUGCACUUUAUUGACAACAAUCUUGGCAUGGGUAGCAUGACCUGUGACAUGGGAUUCGACACAUCCGUAUGCUUUCUUUUCCAGCCACUGUUGCUGCGGGCACUGGCUAGUGCCAAGGAGCCUAUGCUAGGCCCUGAGGUUACCGAGGUGAUCCCCCGGGAGAGCUACCACUCAGCGGUGCGGGUGGUUGAAUUCUACGACAAAAUCUUUCGUGGUGCCGAAGGGACACCCUGGGGGAUGUAUCCAAUCACUGUCAAUUCGGCCCACUACAUCCACCAAGCUGCAAUCACCAUUAUGGCUCAUUGUCUAUUAGCGAUUGAUGGCAGGCUUCCUGUUGUGACCUUUUCACGUGAACUCAGCGGCGAUGUGGAAGGGCCUGUUGAUUUCAGCGGCAUUCAUGAAAUAACAGGCACAUGUUUGAUUCUCCUGAAUACCUUGUCUAAAAAAUGGGCUGGGAUGGUAGGUGUCUUGGACAUUUUCAAGAGCCUCCAGGCUAGAGUGUUGCCUACCAUGAUGCGCAGUGGUUUGGGUUGA